AUGACCAGGAAAGAGGUGGUGGUGGCCGUGACGGUUGCAACGGUCACAGCGGUUGCAGCGGCUGUACUAUUAGGUCGGUGGAUGCAGAGGAAAGAAAGGCGGCGGAAACAGACACAGAGGAUUUUGAGGAAAUUCGCCAGAGAAUGCGCCACGCCGGUGUCCAAGCUCUGGGAGAUGGCGGACGCCUUUGUCGCCGACAUGACCGCCUCUCUUUCCGCCGAGACUUGCGGUUCCCUCAACAUGCUCGUUUCAUUCGCCGGUUCUCUCCCUUCCGGGAAUGAGAAGGGCGUACACUAUGGAGUUAACUUGCGAGACAAGGAACUUCUGCUGCUACGCGGAACGUUAGGAGGUAACGAAGAGCCUAUCUCCGACGUACAGAAACAGGAUAUUUCGAUCCCCGACCAUGUUUUAAACAAUGCUUUCAAGGAGUUGUGCGAUUACAUAUCAUUGGAGCUAGUUAAAUUUCUUGGGAAGAAUCCGAGUGAAGAAACAGAGGAAGUUAAGAAUCUCGGGUUUACACUGACGCGCUUCGUCGAGCAUAUUGGACACGCAGGUUCAAUCUCGGCUAUACAGAGGAAGAGUUUAGCAUAUGAUGAUACGGUUUUGAAGGAAUAUCUGAAUGAAAUGAAUGAAUCAUUGGAGAGACACGGCCUGAAAAUUCGGAUGAACACGGCUCUGGUGGAUGACACAAUAGGAGAGUUGGCUGGAGGAAGGUACUAUCAUAAGGACACUGUGGCUGCAGUCACUUUAGGUAUGGGAACUAACGCUGCUUACAUCGAACAGCCUCAAGAGAUUUCAAAUUGGAAAUCAACAAUACCUGAGCCGCAAGAGAUCGUAAUUAGCACUGAAUGGGGAGACUUCAGAUCUUGUCAUCUUCCUGUAACUGAGAUCGAUGCUUCUCUUGAUGUGGAAAGCUUGAAUCCUGGAAGCCGAGUAUUUGAGAAGAUGGUGUCUGGAGGAUACUUGGGGGAGAUAGUGAGAAGAGUGUUGCUAAGAAUGUCUGAAGAAUCUGCACUCUUUGGAGAUAGAUUGCCUCCUAAACUCUCAAUUCCUUACAUUUUAUGGUCGCCAGAUAUGGCUGCGAUGCAUCAAGACAUAUCCGAAGAUCGAGACAUCGUGAACAAAAAGCUCAAAGAUGUUUUUGGGAUAAUGGAUUCAACACUUGCGGCGAGGGAAGUGGUGGUUGAAGUGUGCGAUGUAGUGGCGGAGAGAGCGGCUCGUGUGGCGGGAGCAGGAAUAGUUGGGAUGAUAAAGAAGCUUGGAAGGUUAGAGAAGAAGAUGAGCAUUGUGAUUGUUGAAGGAGGUUUGUAUGAUCAUUACAGGGUCUUUAGAAACUAUCUUCAUAGCAGUGUUUGGGAAAUGCUCGGCGAUGAGUUAUCAGAUCAUGUCGUCAUCGAACAUUCUCACGGUGGAUCUGGCGCCGGAGCUCUUUUCUUGGCGGCCUCUGGCGGCAAAGACAAUCAAGACUCCCAAAGCUGA